GUUACUUCUCCCUUUGUCUCCUAUCGCAGUCAGGUUUUUUUUCCCUUUCUUUUCUCUUUUUUCCCUGAAUCAAUGAAGUCGACAGCAGAAUGCACAGACGAUAGUGAAAGCAACUAUUCAGACGUCGUUUCCAUUCAUUCCGAUGACGAAGAGGAUCUCGAGGAUUACCGCAAAGGGGGCUACCAUCCCGUCUGCAUCGGCGAUCGAUUCAAUCAUGACCGUUACAUCGUCGUGCGAAAACUGGGCUGGGGUCAUUUCUCGACAGUAUGGCUUGCGCAAGAUACAAAAACGCAUCAGCAUGUGGCUCUAAAGAUCGUCAAGGCAGCAUCUCACUUUACUCAAAGCGCGCUGGACGAAGUCAAGCUCUUGGAAAAAGUGAAUCGAGCGAAUCCCGAGAAUGCAGGGUGGCAAUAUAUCGCGCAACUUUUGGAUCAUUUUUGGCAUACGGGACCGAACGGAAAACAUGUUUGCAUGACUUUUGAAGUAUUGGGCGAAAGUUUAUUGUCAUUGAUCAAACGUUUCAACUAUCGUGGCAUUCCUACACCGAUCGUCAAACGGAUUUCUCGCCAGAUUCUUCUUGGAUUGGAUUAUUUACAUCGGGAAUGUGGCAUUGUACAUACGGAUUUGAAGCCAGAGAAUGUAUUGGUUUGGAUACCCAAUGUAGAAGAAUAUUUGCAGAAAAUCACGAAUGACUCACUCCAUCACAUGCCUCCGUUCAACGAAAACAUGACCACACCAUCCAACCAUGCUACCGCUACGACCGAAACAACCGAAUCAAACGAAACGGAUGAACCCGUCACUGAAGUCCCACCUGUCUCUGUGCUGAGCACAGUUGACACCACCGGCAUGACAAAGAAUCAGAAAAAGAAGCUCAAGAAAAAACUGAAAAAGAAACAAGCCGAGGCAACGGGUACCACAACAACGUCUGGAAACAAAAAAUCCUCGACAUCCACAGCGAUAGGAGCAUCGGACAUUAGCAACGGCCUUGCGAAUCUGAGUUUAUCCGAGUCGGAUGGCUUCAAAAUCAUUCCAUCCUCUAUCCUGGACUUCACUUCUAUCCUGUCGGAUGGCUCCAAAGACGACGAUCUCAAAGCGUUUGAUAAAAUCACGGUGAAAAUUGCAGAUUUUGGCAACGCUUGUUGGUUGGACGGUGAUUACACGCACAUUAUUCAGACACGACAAUACCGCAGCCCAGAAGUGAUUGUGGGAGCGAAAUGGACGGAUCGUGCAGACAUAUGGAGUAUGGCAUGCAUGGUUUUCGAACUUCUGACAGGUGAAUUCUUGUUUGAUCCGCGAGCGGGAUCUAAAUAUAACAAGGAUGACGAUCAUUUGGCUCAAGUAAUUGAAUUGAUGCGAGUGGUCCCUCGAAGUUUGACAAUGGGAGGCGAAUAUUCUAGCGAAUUCUUUAAUCGAAAUGGGGAAUUACGACACAUCAAAAAGUUACGCUAUCGACGUUUGCGUGAUGUGCUUCACGAUUCCUUUCUGGUACCGCCUGCCGAAGCGGACUUACUUAGUAGUUUCCUGUCACCCAUGCUGGAAGUGGAUGCUGACAAGAGAAUCACAGCUCACGAAGUAUUAAACCAUCCAUGGUUAAAUGAAGAAUAAUAACUUUUUUUUUUCUCAACCAAGCAACAGUAACGGAAAAAAGACCAAAAACCAAAAAAUGUAAAAAUAGUCUUAUGCAUACGUCAUGGGGAUUUUUAAUAGCACAGAAUCAGUUGCAUGUUUUGCUUGUGAUCAGACUGCAUGACAGCCUCUUCUUUUUUUUUUCUUAUUUUGAUGGGUUGGUUCCAUUACGUUUAU